CCUGAGUGUUAACGAGCGAUGAACGCUAACGCCGCUUACCGUAUUAAUAGCCAAAUGUUUUGCUGCCAAAUCUUAUGAGUUAGUGUUUGUUAGUGUACUGCAUAUUAAUAUUACUCAUUAUCAGUAAUGAAGUUCAUUAACAUGCGCUACUUGAUAGGAGACGAUACAGCAAUAUUUAUGUACAUUUAACUACACACCCAACAAACCAAAUGGUGAUUUGAAUGCCUUGUAAUUCAAAUCAAUAUGAUGGUACGGAGCGUUGUGGGGUUAUAUGGAGAUACAAACAAACCAUGCAAACCAAACUGAAUGAUUAAAUACAUGGAACAUUUUUUUUAUUUUACGAGAUAUCUUCAGAAGAUUUGGAGUGGAUUAAAAGUCAAGGAAUGAUAUAAUCUCAUAAGAAAUUAGUCCGAUCGGAUGAGUAUAGCAUAUAGCUGCCAUACAAACUGACGGAUCAACAUCAUUAAGAUAUGCACCUGUAGAUGGUAUUACAGCAGCGGUGCAUCCGAAGUUAACGUUUCUUCUUGUAUUUUUUUUUUGUUAUGGUAGUGGUGUACAAACACGCCAAAUAGCUUUGCACUCCAUUCUGCUUACCCCGUUAAGACAGUGAAACCUUUCAUCAAACUUUCAUUGUUGUAUUAGCAGCUGCUUUAUUCAAUCAGUAGUUAAGUCAUUAUUACAUUUUCCUUUAUUUUUGAUCUUUUCUUUCCAUACAUCAUCAUAUUCUGGCGUCAAGCGCGCAAACAACUUCUUUAAUCAAUACGAAAAUGUUCGUUGGGCAUAAAACAAAAAAUAGAAUAAUAAUAAAAUAUCGCCCGGUGUCAUUGACAAGCCAUGUUCAAUAUUUAUUUCUUUGCAUACAAUUUUCUGACACCGAUUUCAGUAACAACUUCGAGCCGUAAGGAAACAAAUCGCCAGCAUAUUCUAAAUAUUUCAUAUUUUACGUUCAUUAAUUUACAUAAAUUACGGCAGUUCAGUUAAAUUCAAGCGAAACUACAAAAUAAAAUAAAAAUGAGUGUGAUUUUUGCGGCAGUCAAGUGUUUCGUCUUCGCUUUCAAUUUCUUUAGUUUGUUACUGGGCAUUUGUAUUGUUUGUUUGAAUAUUUUCGGUUUGGAGUUUGCCGUGCCAAAUACCGAUGAGCACACAUACUGCAUAGUUGGUAUCAUAUUGGGCUCAUUCGUAUGCAUGGCCACAUUAUUCGGCUGUUAUGGCGUCAUCUGCGAGUCGUUGGGCGUCAAUGUGAUUUACUCGUUCUUUAUGCUGAUGUUGUUGUGCACGCAGUUGUUGCAAAUGCAGACGUAUAAACAUCAGAAAUUCUUCAUAAAUGCGCUGGAUCUAUUGGAGGAUGCCUGGGAUGAUGUGGAUGUGGAUCCGAAUGGAAUGCAGUCGGUAGAGAUAAAUUAUCACUGCUGUGGUCUCUACAAUUCCAAUGACUACAAGUACAGACGUAUGGAGACGCCCGCGAGUUGUUAUCGCUACCAAAAUGUCACGCUUGAAUCGAAUUUAUUUUCGCGCGGCUGUGUGGAAGCACUGGAAACGUCAUAUCACAAGACCAUGGAGCGUGAAAAUAUUUUCAACUGGUCAUUAUUAAUCUGUGAAUGCGCAGUCUUCCUCUACUCGUGCGUACUCAGUAUUUUGCUUUUCAAGCGCACUCAGUCAACAGUUCACACAGCUGAGGAUGGUCAUCUGCCACCGCAGCCGGUGCAACGCAUCAAUCAUUGCAAUUCUCGAACUCACCUGUUGUCUAACUAACUAAAUGGUAGUAAAACAAGUAUGAAAUGCAAAAGUCUGGUAAAAACUAAUUUUUUUAUUCAAAUUAUACGUAUUAUAUAAAAUUUCAAAAAUACUGUUAUAUACACUAGUACCAAUAAAUUAUAGGUUAUCUUAAAUUAAUUAUAGAUAUGUUGUAUAAACAUAUAUAUAUAGUGCAUAAUAUAGGUAUGAAUAAACUAUUUUAAUUAAAAUAUGUUUGUAAAUUCACAACAUCCUACUGCUUUCACACUUCUUCAUUUCUCAAAAUUUAGUAUCAAAAUAUUUUAUUGUAAAUAGUAUGUAUACUAGAAUUGUAUUGUAUAUAUACUUUUUUUUAAUAAAAAACUACUUUUUCUACUUAACGAAUACUAAUAUUUACACAAA